AUGCUCUGUCCGCACUUAUCCAAUAUUAAAAUUUCCUCUUGUUUUCUCUACACUUUUCAUUCAGGUCUAUAUAUUAAGAGCGAACAACUUCACUACAACUGAUGGAGCACUUGGUCUCCUGUGUCUGGAAGCUGGCAAGGAGAAGAUACCGAAAGAAGAAAGUUCCAAUGAUGUCAAAUCUGAAGCUGGCAAGGAGAAGAUACCGAAAGAAGAAAGUUCCAAUGAUGUCAAAUCUGAAGCUGGCAAGGAGAAGAUACCGAGUGAGUCAAAUUUCAUUGUGUUGAUUCUGCACUCGUGAAAUUUGUUAUACAUGGAUAAGUUAACCAUUGAAUCUUCUGAAUCAUUUUUUGUGUUAUGCAAUGCACAAGAAGAAAGUUCCAUUGAUGUCAAAUCUGAAGCUGGCAAGGAGAAGAUACCGAAAGAAGAAAGUUCCAUUGAUGUCAAAUCUGAGGAGAAACCAAAGGUUGCUCAGAGCGAUAGCAGCAACCUAGCCAGUGAGUCAAUAACAGAUGGCAUCAAAUUUUCAGACACAGCCAUCGAUUUCGACGACGUGAAAGAUUUCAGCAGCUUCAGCAUCAUCGUAGACGGCCUGGCCAUCGACUGCGAGUUUCCUGACCAACAACGCGAGACGUACUACGAGCUGUGCUGUGCCCAGAAGUCGUUCCUUCACAAGGACCUGCUCAAAGGGCUAAACAUCACACUCGUGGUGGGGGCGAUCAUGGAGACUAUCGACAUCGCAGAGGGCAUCAGGGCCUGCAAGGCGCGCGUUCCUUCCCGCAAGGACUUUGUGGUCUGGAAGAAGAACUUGCAGGCCUUGAAGCUCCUGGGCAUGAAUGUGGACUUCCUGCUCAAACGCGUCGAUGGUCUCCUCAGCCUCCCUGCUCGACCCAGAGCCCCUGCUGAGGUAAAACUGGAGCGGGCACGCACCGUUGCGAAAAUCAAGGAGGUCGAGUCCAGGAUUUCGAGUGUGAAGGACACUCUGGAGGAGAUUGACGUGGAGAUGGAGGAGAUGGAGUCCAGCGCGAAGAUAGUGGAUGAGAUGAUGCAGCUGUUAGCGACCGCGCCAUGGUAGCAGUGUGCACGCGGCUUCGGUCGCUGCCGCAGACAAUAAAUAUUUUGGGCGACAUGGCCCAUUCAGUAUGCAGAGGAAGAUGAUGCGGUGGAUGGGGUCUAAGCUUUGCAGAAGAUUAGAACUGCGUUGUGGCGGCAGUAUUUGGUUUUAAGAGUGAACACUUCUUUUUUGUAUAAAAAUGCAAAUUGAGAGUAGUUAUUAUCUGUGUACCAUCUUGGUUACACUUCUUGUGCAGCAAACAAACUAGGAUGCUGUUUUUUUUUUGGGUACACAUCAAGUGGCGUGACCUAUCUCCAUGCCAUCCCCCCUGUGUAAUUCCGCGGAACUGCGCUGUGACAGUGCUGAAAAUGCAAGAGAUAUGCAGUUUGCUUUGAGUA